AUGGAAAUUUGCUUGAUCAAUUCAUACAUACUUUAUAAACUAGAAAAAAGGAAAAGAGACGAGAGGCCACUAAAUCAUUUGCACUAUCUAAAAACGCUUGUGGAGCAAUUGAGAAGAACCUAUCUACAGCGUCGUGAUCAAGCGUCGACGUCGAUCAUCGAUGAACACCGGCUAAAUGGAAAGCUCCAUAUUGUUUUGAAAGGGGUAAAGAGGGAUUGCAAGGUUUGCUCUUACCGUAGUAAGCCUGGCGGUAGACGUGAAACCUCGCAUUAUUGUGACACGUGCCCUGACAAACCGAGGAUGCAUCUCGGGGAUUGUUUCGUAAAAUAUCACACGAAAACCAAUUAUAGAAUCAGUAGACGAAAAUGAUACGCAUGUGAGAGCCACCCACAACACCACCACUACUACCACCACCACCACCACUACCACCAUCACUUUCAACACCACCACAAAUCGUGCGAAAGUUAGAAUGAAAUAUCCCACGAGCACGCAGAACCGACCUCAACCGUUGUACAGUCAAAAAAUAGUAAUAGGCUCGGAGGAAUUAGUCGGGCGUAACAUCGAUAACGUCGUCAGGCAACGUAUAAACGCUCUCGAAAAGAGCCCGAAGGUGAUCAGGUCGACGGCUCUGAUAAUAAAGAGUUCGAAAAUGCCGGCGGAGUCAUUGAAAGCUGGUAGAGAAAUCGCGAACGAGACGUACGUAUUCCCGGCUGAAGAUUCGGGAACGAUCAUCACAACGGUGAUAGACGGUCCAUUCGAUUCUAACACCGGUAAGACGAUCUUGCGCAGGUCUAACGAGCAGGUAAGCAUGCUCGUCCGUCCUCAGGAGAAUGAGGUUGAUUGUCGCGGCACCGCAACCACGAUGAAAACAGCAAACGGUUACAUUGCAUCGGCAACAACUGACGUCGAAGACGUUAGAAACGCAGCCGGAGCCACGAAACGACGGGAAAGGACAGGUAAAUUAGGCGAUCCUUUCUCUUUCAUUCACAAAAUAAUAACACAUAUGUAUGAUCCCUUUCUUACAUUUUUAUCGCUAUAUACCUAUGCCUUUCUUAUUGUUUGACGCUCCAUAUUCAGUAAACAUUAUUUAUUACAUUCAAUUAGAUAUCGUGCCUUCCUUCUUUUGCUCUUCAUUUUGUAUCGAAUUCAGCGUAACAAUGGCAUGAAUAUAUAAAAAAGUAUAAAAGGCAUGGCCCUUUCGAUGAUCAGAUGAUUUUAGACUGCACUGCACGUGUAGAUUUUAGAGUUUUCAUCUAGAGGUACGUAAAAAAUCGUGUUACAUCGAAUACUAGACAUUUGUUUAACUAUGUUAAUUACUCUUAUUCGUAAUAAUGGAUUCUUUGCUCACUCAGAUCUAGUUUCAUUCCAUUUCUUUUCUAAUCAUUGUAUUAUUAUUAUUAUAGUGCCAAUUUCUUCGAGUUUUAUAUUCUUGUCGAAUUGAUUAGUUCAUAAUAGAAUCUUCAAUAUCUUCAAAAUAUUCAAAGCUUUAUAUUUCUUUUCGAAUCUGCCUGUUACAUAUCAUUCGAAAUCAAAGACAUAAUAGAUAUAAUUUAUUUGAAAUAGAUUCUCGUAUGCGCAUAUAUUUACAUAAAUAGGCACUAAUCGUAACUCAAAGAUGUAUAAUAAAACAAAACUGAAUUUCGAAUGUUUUUUUCAUAAUUUAGUUUGUUAUCUAUUCUUAUUGCUCAUAGUUAAUACGGUUCACGUCGACGUUAUGUUAUUUUAAGGCGUCCGAUGUGACAAUUCGAAAAAUGGUAAAUUUUUAGCUUUUCCAAAUUUUGGCUAUUUCGCCACUGUUUCUGUAAGAGAUUCAUUUUAUUACUAAAAUAAGAAAUCAAUAGAAGAAAUCGAAAAAGUUAUAUAAUUGUUACUUUUUCUAAAAAGAAACAAAAAAAAUUAUAAGCAGAAAUAUAAGCCAAAAUUGGAGAAAGCCGCUAAAAAUUUAUUGAAAAAAUAUCUCUCUCCUACAAAAAAGCGUGUGUAUAGAUGAAUGCAAUACAUUAACAUCUGAAAAAUAAUUAAUUGAAAAGUCAAGAGCUAAAAAAGAGUAAAGAGUCGUCAAGAUCUGAAGAAAAUUUACUACAGUAGCAACAAGCAUUAUUCUAAGGAAAUAUCUCAACCACAUUUAGAAUAUCCAUUCUUUGUGUAUUUCUGAAAGAAAUAUAUUUAGUUACAAUAUUAAAUUAUUACAACAUUAUAACAAAACAAUCGUGUACUAUAAAAACUCUCGAUCAAAUGUUUAAUUGGAUAGAGGAGAUCCGAGCAAUUAGUCAGAAGUGAAUUUCUAAUUGGGAUAUUCAUUUAAUUUAAAACAUUCAGUUCAUGUUUGCUUUAUCAGCAAAAGAAUUUGAAAUUAAAAUAGUAACCUAACUUAUCGUAUACUAUCUGUUUCAAAGCAUACCGGCAGAGUGUUUCAUUUUAAUGUCUCAUUGUCUAAAUGAAGGCGUUUCCUGUAUUUUUUUUUUACAUAAAAUCAUGUAUUUUUUUAUGCAUUAAUCGAUAAAGUUUAAUAUUCUUUAUAGAAAUAUACCUAUGUAUGUUGAAAAAUGGGAGACAUUUUAACUUCAAUUCUGUAAAAUCUAUUGUACAAAAGACAAGGAAGGAAGAGCUUGCAUUCAUACUAUUCUUGUCUGUCAUGCAUAAAUUUUAUAAAAUUAAAAUUGAAAUAUCUUUUAAACAUACAUAGGAUAAUAUCUUUUUGUAGAGAAUGUCGAAUUGUAUUAAUUAAUGCAGAAAAAUAUAUAUAUAAUCCCAUUUAAAAAAGUACAAAUGAUCUUGAGAAAUACCACCACCUAGACAAUUCUCACAUGUAUCACAGGAUGUUCCCUUCGAAAUAGAAUAAGUUUUGUUUCAAAUAUUUUUUUCGAAUAAUGAAUAGUUGCAGAGAUAAUUAAAAUGAGAUACCUUGCAUUAUAUAUCAAGAUGAUUGGAAAUAUAUUCAUAGUCUUUAAAUAUAUUAGAAUAUUUCAAAAAUUGUCAGAAAGUAUAGUGUCGUCAUAUUUAAUAAAAUAUGGCAAACACCCAGUCACUACGUCCUUAUCAUGCUUCAAUUUCUUAAUGAAGUUGUUUAGUUUUUACUUCUAUCCUAUUAUUUUUAUUAUUUUUAUUUUAUUUUAUAUUCUUCUUCUAAUCUCACGCGAUAGUCUGAACAAUCAUCAUACAUAUAUGGUUGCUAGUCUCACGUCGUUAUUUUUCUAUUUUUUUUUACAAUUUUUGUUAAUUUUUUUACAUUUCCUAUUCUUUAUUCCGAAGUUUCGUUUUCUCUGAAUUUUCUGACAUUAUAAUUUUAUUUCUUUAAAUCUCUAUUCUCUUUCUUUGCUCUUUAUUUUUUGUUUCUUUUUAUUAAGAAUUUUAA